GGGCGCGGCGGGCGCGGCCGGGCGCGCGGCGGGCGCGGGCGGCGGGCGCGGGCAGACGGGCGCGGGCGAGCGGGCGCGGCGACCAUGGCCUCCAAGUGCCCCAAGUGCGACAAGACCGUGUACUUCGCCGAGAAGGUGAGCUCCCUGGGCAAAGACUGGCACAAGUUCUGCCUCAAGUGUGAGCGCUGCAACAAGACUCUGACGCCUGGGGGCCAUGCCGAGCACGACGGGAAGCCCUUCUGCCACAAGCCCUGCUACGCUACACUGUUCGGGCCCAAAGGUGUCAACAUCGGAGGUGCCGGCUCCUACAUCUAUGAGAAGCCCGCGGCCGAGACCACUCAGGUCACGGGUCCCAUUGAGGUGCCCGUGGCUCGAGCCCCCGCCGAGGAGCGGAAGGCCAGCGGCCCCCCAAAGGGGCCCAGCAGAGCCUCCAGCGUGACCACAUUCACCGGGGAACCCAACAUGUGCCCCCGCUGCAACAAGAGGGUCUACUUUGCCGAGAAGGUGACUUCGCUGGGCAAGGACUGGCACCGACCCUGCCUGCGCUGUGAGCGCUGCGGGAAGACGCUGACUCCGGGUGGCCACGCCGAGCACGACGGCCAGCCCUACUGCCACAAGCCCUGCUAUGGAAUUCUCUUCGGACCCAAGGGCGUGAACACUGGGGCCGUGGGCAGCUACAUCUACGACAAGGACCCCGAAGGCAAAGUGCAGCCCUAGGCGGUAGCCCGCCCCCACCCCCACCUGCUCGGCUGGGGGCGAGCCCG